CAUUCAUUCAAGCUCAGACAUUCCCCCAGUAUUAUUUAAGGGCUUUCUCUCUAGGAAUCGUCUCUGCUCCAGUCUUGCAAGAGAUUAAGACACCGAGAAUUUUACAGAAGCAGUUGGGAAAUUCUAUCCAAAAAUGUUUCCUUUUAUGAUUCUGUUUUUUGCACUCUGUUAUUCUUCAUUUACUCAGAACACAGAUGAGUAUGAUGAUCUCUUCUUCCUGAAUUUUGAUAAUGAAAUAGAAAGUGUAAUUCCUGCAACAGAAGAAACCAUUUCAUGUGAUUGUCAGCGAGAACACACAGAAUGGGACAAGCUCUUCAUUAUGCUUGAGAAUUCCCAGAUGAAGGAAAACAUGCUGCUUGAGUCUCUGGAUGAAAUCCUUAAGGUGGAGCUGCAGAUGCUGAGAGCAGAAAUGCUGCAGUUUGUGGAAAACUUUGCUGGCACGUGCACCACAUAUCUCGAGAAAACAACCACUCAGAUCUGGAGCCAAAUGGACCAGAUGAUAACAAAGAGCAGAGCUUCUGGAGGUGGGUCUGCGAUGCUUCAUCAGAUCAAGCAAGAAAAGAUUCUCCAAGACAUUCUGCAGUUAAACCAAAAUCUUUCCAACCGACUCAGCCAGCUCGAGCGUGCCUGGCAGUGGAGAGUCGAAGAGGGUGAUCAGCGGAGCCAUUCAUCAGAGGAAGGUAGAGUCGGCUAUAUAACUCAUGGAAGCAAUUUCAUGUUGAAGUCACUGUGGCAAGAGCUGCAGGAAACAAAAGUUGAACUAAAAGGAUCUCAGAAGAAGACCACAAAGCCUUCAUUGCCAGCUGGUUGUGAAACAGUUCUUUUUUUCCCAAUGCGUUCCAAAAAGAUCUUCGUGAGUGUUCAUCCAACUGAGAUGUCACUCGUCUCCUUCACUGCCUGCACAUGGGUUAAGGUAACUGAAGCAUUGGACAAAACUAUUGUAUUCUCAUAUGGAACAAAGGACAAUCCCUAUGAAAUUCAGCUUUAUCUGAACUAUGACUCUGUGGUUCUCGCCGUAAAAAGUAAUCUCAACAAGAUAUCCGCCCCAAAGGUAAUUUCUUCCGGAGAGUGGACUCACAUCUGCAGUACUUGGGGUUCAGUCAAUGGAACCAUAUCUUUAUCAAUAAAUGGAAAGAUUGUGGUCACCUCUUCUGAAAUAUCUGAAGACCACAUCAUCCCAGAUGGUGGAAUUUUGCAGAUUGGCCAGGAAAAGAAUGGCUGUUGUGUUGGUGGCGGUUUCAAUGAAUCUUUAGCUUUUUCUGGAAAAAUAACUGGCUUUAAUAUUUGGGACCGAAUCCUUAGUGACGAAGAGAUAAUAAGACAAUCUGAAGAAGAUGCCUGUAAUAGCCGUGGCAACAUAGUGGGCUGGGGAGUUACGGAGAUUCUGCCUCAUGGAGGGGCUCAGUAUGUUUUUAGCCCCUGAAUUUAUGUUCUUCAAAGCUCUAUAUAAAAUCAAACCAAUAAACAGAACUUAUAAAAUCUGAAUAUAUAUACAUAUAUUUAGAAUUGGUCCAUGAUACAGUUUCCACAAGAAAAACAGUGGUAUAGAGAACACUCAGAAGCCAGUUAUCUCUGCUUCACAUAAGAAACUCUGAAUGAGGCUUCACAUGGCAAGAAGCCUUUGGAUCACUGCCAUGGCUACUACUAUAAGCCAAUAUUUCUGCUCUCCAGAUUCCGUAAAAAAGAACAGUGCUCUCCACAAAUGGAUAUAGCUGCUUUCAAACAAGUACUUGCUAAGCCAGUAAGAUGAAUUUUAUUCACAUGAAAUCUCAUUCAUAGAGAAAUCAUGUUAUAAGGCAUAAUUUAAAAUUGCUACCAUAUGAAAGCUAAAAUAUUGGCUCUUUAAUAUAUCUUGUUAAGAGUCAGCAUGUAAGCAUGCUGGUCUAGACUUCUCUAUGGAUCCAACAUUCUCUAAGUACGUAUCUUAAUCAUACCCCAAAACUAUUUUCGAAGAUACUCUGAAUUAUACAUGAUUAGCACCUAUCAGGGUAAGAAGGUUCAAUAGCAGUAAUGAUAUUGAAAAUGUUGCUAGCGGGAGCUUCUGGUAGGAUUAUCCUUGUUGAUAAAAUCUAAGGAGAAGUGUGGAGCUAUAAGUAAUCCAUAAUGGAGUCAAAGGGUUCUGCAGUUCUGAGGAAAAUUAGAAAAUGUCAAAAUGAAAUCUAGAAGAAAGCCAUAAUAAAUCAUUUCUGGAUUGUUGCCAAGAAAAUUAUAUGAAAUGGGUCAAAUCCUUUAGGCAAUUUUGGUUGCUAGACAAUAAGAUUGGCGGGGGGAGGAGAAGAAACCUAGCUACUGGAAAGAAAGGUGAAUUUUCACUAGCAGAUCUAUAGAUGAGGAUAUGGCGAAAACAGAGUGACAAAGAAGUCUGGUCAUUGUUGAAGUCAGAACUGAAAAACAAGUUUAUCUUUGACAAAGACAAAUAAAACAAUGGAAUAAGUAUGGAUCAAACAAAACUUGAAACUAUUAAAAUGGAAUUGAAGCAUGCUAAAUUAGAUAUUUUCUGAAUCAGUGAACAUUGGUGGACUGCACUAGAUCACCUCAGUUCAGAUGAUAAUGUGAUAUAUUAUUCAGAGCAUAAGUUCAUACAAAGAGAUGGAAUGACAGUGACACCCCAAAAGAAUAUCACUAAGUUUGUACUGGCUAUGAACCAAUAAAUAGUAGGUUCAUAUUUAUUAGAAUUGGCAUAUAUUCACUGAGAGAACAUCAUUGUUAUACAAAUGUGUGCUGCUAUUUGAAACACAACAGAAGAUAUUAAAGAAAUCUAUAGUAAUUUGCAAAUGGUGCUAAAUGUAACAGCAGAAAAGGCUACAGUAUGUCUGGUGCAUAGUUUGUUAAACACAAUGAUACAAUAAAUAGUUUAAUAUAGUUUUUGCAAAGAUAAUUCUUUGUUCGUUGCCAAUGCCUGCUUCAAAUAAUACACAGGCAUCACUAGAUUGACAACAUCAGAAUACAAUUUGUUAUAACAUAGGAAAAAGAAUUGUAAAAUCCAAUCAGCCAGAUCCCUUCCAAGUGUAUAUUAUAGAAUAUACUAUGUCAAAUUCAUAUGGUGUCAAAUACUUGGGAUAAACAUAAAAGUUUUUUAAAAAUAGGUGUGACAGCAAAAUUGGAUUUGAAGACAUAUAGUCAGAAUAUAAAAUCAAAAUAGAACAAAUCAAUAUGCUUAACUUAUGCAAGAGAGUAUCUGAGGAAUUAUGGAACUAGAUAAGAGACACUGUGAAAGCUGAAGUGGAACAAACUCUUCCCCAAAUUUCAAGGCAGAAAAGUUUAAGUGGCUUUCAGAACAAGCUACCAUGAUAGCUAGGGACAGAUGAAUGAUGAAAGCAUUGGUCAAAAAGAAGGAGGUGCUAUAGUUAAACACAAACUUUCAAGAAGAAAAGAUAAGGAAAGAUAUCACAGUCAGUAAUAGAGGAAAUUAACAAGGAAAAAGGAGAGCCUUUUAAAAGAUUAUCAAAAAAAUAACUGCAAUAAAUUACAGUUAAAGUAGAACUUUUCAAGAGAUCUAACAGAAACAAAUGAGAUUACAGGGAAAUGGAAAGAUAGAAACUAAUAAUAGUUUAAACAGACUGAUAGUACAGAGUGGCAUAAAUAUGAGUAGAGUAUAUUUCAAAAUUGACUGUUCUAGAAAUUAGAGAAGAGGUAUGAAAUAAAAAAGCAGUUGUAUUAAAACUUCAGAAGAAACAAUUAAAGUGCUAAGAGUUCUAUGUCAACAAUGAGCAAGAAACUACUGUAAGAAUUGAGUACAAUUUAAGCGUAUGUUAAAUAUUAAGACAAAGAUAUUGUCAAUCAACAAUGAAGAAGUGAAGAUGAAGGAAGCUGUGCUGUCUUAUGGGACCUUCUUGUUUGUAGGUUUUAUUUUUUUUUAAUGUGAAUUUUGCAACUGAACUAUUUAAAUAGUACGAAGCAAUAACUUUUUUCUGUUUUUAGUACUAGUAUGUACAUCUUCAUAAAGUUAGCAACUUGUCCAAGGAACUUUUAAUACUGGAAGCCUACCUUGCAUUCAGAAUGACUGCAGUUUUCUGGUUUGAAAUUAAUAUAGCUGUAUUAUAUUGUAAAAUAAACUGAUUUUGUAUUGACUUUAUUGAAACUAUUUUUUAUAAAAUUGAGCUGUAA